AUGUCGCCGCCAGACAACACGUUUGUUGACCCUGUUGUCUUCUCCGAAUGGCACACGAUCCGUCCUGGGAAGCCUCCACUAACACUCACCGUUCGGGAAAUCACCUCUGUAUCGGUCACCUUCAUCCUUUCGUCGACAUUCUCGGAUUUGGGGGCUGACGCGGACCCUUACAUCGCGUCACUUGGUCUUGCCGCGGACGAUAACAACGACGAGCAUGAUGACUCAGAUAACGACACGGACGACUCUGUCCAAAAGAAAACCUCCGUUAUUGCAGAGGCUCUCGCAAAGGGAUUGUCUGUCAACGUGAACAACGCGAUUUGGAAGGGCGUAUAUAUUCGAGUGGACGACAAAACCGAGGAGGCUGUUAUAAUUAUAUACGGACUCAUGCCAGGCAAGAAGUACGACAUCGAUUUGGGCCUAGUGCAAGGAAAUAUCCGGCAGCAGGUUGUUACAGACGACCUUGAUAUGGCCUCUUCAACGACGUUGGCGGAAUCGGAUUCUUUUGAAGGAGCCGAAUCGCCUAUCCCAACUCCGUCUUCGUCACCCAGUGGCACAAUUUCUUCUACUCCGCCUGCAGCACCCCAUCCCCAAAUGACCCUUGAAGACCGCUUAAAACAGCUUCAAAGCACCCUUUCCCUGAUUGACGCCGAACGAGACGGGGUCACGCUCUCUCUUAAAACUGCUCGACGAGAUGCCCAAAAGGCAGAUGCUGCACUGCGUUCUGAGAUCGAGAUUCUCAAACGGGCUUCUGAGAAACAUGCGGUUGCGGAACAUAGGGCACGACAGAAAGUGCUGGCUCUCCAAGAAGCAGCCAAACGUGCUCAGACAUCGACAAAGGACAUAGAAGGAAUGGUGGUGGAAGUAGAGGCAGAGCUACCGGCGCUGUUGAAAGAGCGUUCUGGACGGGAAAAGGCUUACGCCCGUGUCAAGGAGGAGGCGGAUCGCGCAAGACGGGAAAGAGAACGAGAAGAAGACAAAGAGCGGAGAAAAGUUGAGGCGAUGAAAAACGAGUUGAAUGGUCUGGGGAACAAGAUGGAAAAACUGACUGGAAAAAGGGAAAAGCUUGAGACGGUCAUCAUCCCUGAUCUGGAAGAGCAACUGCGCGAAAUUGAACUAGAGAUCGAGCGCAUCGAGGCUGAUCCACUAGGCUAUGCCUACUCGCAGGAGUCUCCAGAGGGUUUUGAUGAACAAGCACCACGGCCUGGUAUCAUUCCUCGGCCCGCGCCAAUUCCUAUCCAAAGACCGGGUCUGAACACAUCGUCGUCAAGGUCAAGUUCUGACCAUCCAUUUUGGCGGCCAAAUAAUGCAUCGCAUCAGCGCUCGUCCUCCGCUAGGAAUGAUUCGUCGUCAUCUCUCAGCUCCAAUUCCUCACCGAUACACUCUUCCGCAACACUCAACACAUCCACGUUAUCAGGAAGGGCAGCACCAUUCGAGCCUGGCAAAAUACUUAACAGACCGUCACAAAGCCAAUGGAUAGCAGCUCGCGCAGCAGGCAAAUGGUGA